GCCGGACCGCAGGCCGUCCCACCACGGGCUCUGUCCCGGCCCCAGCCCCGCCAGCAUGGCCGGCCGGACCGUGCGGGCCGAGACCCGGAGCCGGGCCAAAGAUGACAUCAAGAAGGUGAUGGCGACCAUCGAGAAGGUCCGGAGAUGGGAGAAACGCUGGGUGACUGUGGGUGACACUUCCCUUCGAAUCUUCAAGUGGGUGCCUGUGGUGGAUCCCCAGGAGGAGGAGCGGCGGCGGGCAGGAGGCGGGGCAGAGCGAUCCCGUGGUCGGGAGAGACGCGGCAGGGGCACCAGUCCCAGAGGGGGUGGCCCCCUCAUCCUGCUGGAUCUCAACGAUGAGAACAGCAACCAGAGUUUCCAUUCAGAAGGUUCACUGCAGAAGGGUACAGAGCCCAGUCCUGGGGGGACUCCCCAGCCCAGCCGUCCUGGGUCACCCACUGGACCCCCAGAAGCGAUUGUGGAGGAUACUCAGCCCCCACAGCUGGGCCAAGAGAGAGACCCAGGGGACACACCCGCAGGCGGUACUGAUGACCCCCCGAAGCUGACCAAGGAGGAGCCUGUUCCAGAAUUGCUGGAAGCUGAGGACUCUGGAAUGAGGAUGACGAGGAGAGCCCUCCAAGAGAAAGGCUUGAAAACAGAACCCCUCAGGAGGCUUCUGCCCAGGAGAGGCCUCCGGACAAACGUCCGGUCUGCUUCCACAGUGCCAGACACCAGAGCUCCGGGAGGUGGGAGCAAGGCCCAGAGGGCGCCCAGGACGGUCCCACAGGGGAAGGGGAGGUGAGCAGGCCCAUCCCGCAAGGUGAGGCCCUUAGGUCUUCUGUAGCUGCCCCAAGAUCCACUCACCCACUCGUACCACUUGAGGGUGGAGAGCGCUUCAGAGAUGGACGCCUGCUCUGCGUACUUGGAGGUAGGCAGCCAGCCCUCCGCUUGUCCCCAACCCUAAAUCUGGAUCCAUCUUGCUUGUUGUGGGUCCAAAACUGUGGGGCUUGGGGCAGGUCACAGACAAGGAGCGCCUAAGGACCCCGCUGGGUGAUGCCUAGAAGCAACUUGAGUAUACAAAAGGAUGGACCCUGGGUCGACUUGGCCACCGCUUCAAGCACUGGGGCAGUCAUCCGCCAAAGGGCCAGGCAUGGCCCCCAAGGUGGCACAUUCAACCUUUGGGACCACAGGAUCUACCCUGGUGAGCAGCGAGCAGUGUCAGAAGCAUUGGGCAGUAGGUGCUAGGUGCUAGUUUGCAGAGUCUGCGAGUGGUGUCCAAAUUCAUGCUUGUGUAGGAGUAUACCCGUGUAUAGACACACCGCUCCAGCAAGCACCUGGCAGCCUCCCCUCCCUCCCUCCACAGGCCUGUGGACGCUAGGCCUGCCAAUUAACCUUUGGCUCAAGAAGACACAUGCCAACUUUGCCUGUCAAGCAAGGGGUACACAUGAGUGAUCUAGUGACCUUUCAGACCAGGCCACCACCUCCUGCUGGAGGACCCAAGUUCAGGGAUGGAUGGAAACUUGUGGUCCAGCCCUGAGCCUGCCAAACCUACCUGGAAAUGACCCAUUUUGAGAAACCCAUGACAAAUGAGCCAUUUGAAUGGUUCCAAGGGCUUUUAUCAACCUCUUGCCUCCUGACUUAACAACAUAUUGGGCCUGCCGUGCCAGGAAAUGUCUCCCACUUAUUGAGGGCUUCCUCUACUACAGAUUGCAAUUUGUGGGAACUAUUUAAUACAAUAUUUCAGUGUCAUAGAUCCUGUUACUUUUACAUUUUACAGAUACGGAAACUACAUAGCCAGGCGGUUGAAGAGCUUGCCCUAAGUCACACAGCCUGCCUGUGGCAGAACCAGCAUUCCGACAGCUCCCUGCCUGACCCCCAGGCCCUGCUGGUACACCACUUCUCACGCUGGGCUUGCUGUGGGGCUGAAGCUGUGAGUUUAAGGCAUUCAUUUAUGGAGCAUCCGUUUUUCUCAGUGGAAAAUUCUAUAGGACUUUUAACAUUUUUUAAAAUAUUUUUUAUUUAUUUAUUUUUUUCUGUCUCACUAUGCAGCCUUUGCCAGCCUGGAACUCACUAGGCCAGGCUGGCCUUGAACUCACAGAGAUCCGCCUGCCUCUGCCUCCUGAGUGCUGGGAUUCAAGGUGCGUAACACUACACCCAACUCAGGACAUUUUUUAAAAAAAAUAAUAAAAUGAGCAGAUGCCCCGUGAGAGGAAAGAAUUUUGUGUCCAUAAUGGAGAUGCUAUAGAAAUAUAUGGUAAGGCCUGAGAUUCCAGCUCAGCCCCCGGGUCCCUGGGUGACCCCUUUAGAGUCCUACUGCUGCAGGAAGAUCGUCCCAGGCCCCACUCCCGUGUGGAGACUUCCCAGAAGCCACGGAAAGUGGCUUGUGCUAUCCUACUGAGUGACUGGGGAACUUCAAGAAAUAAAGAUUUUAGUUAAGACUUAUGAAUUUCCAAAGGGCAGAAGUUUUCAAAUUUCCAACAGAUACUAAUUUUCAGGAAUUAGAAAUGAAAACUAAGAAUUUCGGGGAGAUCCAGAAAAAUCAUCCUUUGUAUUUUUCCAAACUCUCUGUACUUUAAAGGCUAAGAUGCUCACAGUCAGUAGCAGUUUAAAGUAGCUUGCUGGCCAUGGCGGUGGCGCACGACUUUAAUCCCCGGUAGAGGAAGGGAGAGGCAGGCGGGUCUUUCUGAGUUCAAGGCCAGCCUGGUCCACAGAGCUAGUUCCAGGACAGCCAGGGCUACACAGAGAAACCCUAUCUCAAAAAACAAAAACAAACAAAAAAGAGCUCUAAGCCUUAAAUAUUCAAAAGGUGGAAACUGUCAGUGUGUGACACUGGGUAGUAUCUGAAUAACAAGAUGUUUACAGAUCCAGUUAGACUUAUAGUACGCCACAAUCAUGAGUUGAAAUUGCUGAUACAAAAGCUUAGUUACAAAUAUAUAAUUUCUCAGAGCAUCUUAGGAUUUGUAGGAACUGUCGUAUGCAUGUGAACACAUUCAUGUUUAUCUUACUUGUGAGAGCCAUCAGCAGGAGCAGGGUCACAGAAGAGUGGACCGGGCAGCAGCAACUCCCUUCCAGUUACGGGGUCCCAGAUUCUGAGGAUAGCUACCUAAACUCCGUGUGUUAGUGUUGCCCGUUCCUGCUCUUUGAUCUGAUGCAGUGGUUCCUCCCAGCCAGGACUCCUCUGGGCUGCUGAGCUUGGUUGUUAGAGAACAGCUAGUUACAAUAUGUUCUCUUUUUUUCUCAAUUUAUUUACUGACUGGUUUUGAGAUUAAAACAAAGCAAAACAAAAAACAACCCCUCCCAGGUUUCCCAAAGAGUGUCAACAAGGAAUUCUGAACAGAAACAGUCCUGUGGGCAGGGCAGCAAUGAUGAGCAAGUGUGCUGGUACUUUUGAAGCCCAGGCUUCGAAACUCCAUGGAGUUGGAACAGCCUGUCCCCGGCUGUGAGGCCUUGGCUGAACUACUUACCGCUGAGCUUCAAUUUAGUGGGUAGACUCAUAUCUAGGAAGUAAUAUUCUUGAUUUUAUAAGGUAACAUUGUGGAAAGGUUACCAGCAUGGCUUUGGGGUCGGGCAGGUUGCAGUUCAACCCUAGCUUCAAUGGCUUCCUACCUCUUUGAUUUGGGGCAAGUUCUAGCCACUGGAUUUUUCCCUUCUGUAAAAUGGGGACACGGAUCUAUUUCAUAGGGCUGUGGUAAGUUUAAGUGAGAUCACGUAUGAACUGCGUACACUGUACAUGCUUGAUCCAUGUGGGCCUAAAGAGUUGUUACCCACUGUAUCUACCUCACAGGGCCGGUUGUGAGGAUGAAGGGCGGCCGAGAUGCUGCGGGCGCUGUCUAAGCUGUGAGGUGACAGUAACCUGUCAGUCUUCCCUCUGGAGAUGGGGAGAUAGGAAGUUACCGUCAGAUAUCAACAGAAUGCCCAAGGAGAGGGACCGGCAUGCUUCUGGCCAGAUGGUGUGGCAGGGCUGAAGGGGAGGGGCCACUAUGGGCAGCCAGAGAACAGGGUGCGGCAUGCCCUUCCUCGGUGAGGGUUGCUCCAGUCAAGAGGGCAGUCCAGUGCAUAUGUCGUAACCCUAGGGGACAGGGAGAAAACAGGUUCGGUUUUAAGAAGGAUGCUAGCUGAGGGGCUAAAGGAGAGAAGUGUUUGCCCAGCAUGAGCAAGGGACAUGGAUUUCAUAUCUAGCAUCUCAGGACAAAAAAAACAAAAGCAACAACAAACAAAAAAACCAAAACCAACUAAACAAAAAUCCUCUUCUUGGUUAAAGGUUUUGAACGAAGAACUGUGUUCCGUGGAUGUAUCCACAGUGGGUUUUUAAAUAAGACUC